CAGGCUGAAAAAUCCCAAGACGACGCGGUGUCGCAUGAUAGGACCGGCAUCCUAUUUCAAAAUCAUUUUCCGAUAUUCCCCGGAAAAGAACCAGGAUAUAUUGUCAUUUGCGUGCAUUAAUCAGUGGUGCUCUUCCACGUUCUUUUUCGACAUGCCCCCACAAUUGGUUGGGCGAACGAGCAGAACACCUUGUUGAAUCAGACACGCCACAGAGUAUCUGUCAAAGGUGGCCAGUAGGAGGUAGUUCGGCUGUGACAGCUUGAUUCUGCAUGUUUCACCUCUGCGCAGUGUCAAUAUAUGUGGUCAAUUUUUCUUUUCUUUAGUGCAGUUCAAAAUCCCGCCGUGCUGAAUUUGGCUUGAGGGUUAUUGUGGUGAUUUGAGACAGUCAUCAGUCCUUCCAGUAUCGAUCGUUUGUGGUAGCUCUGUGUAGUCGACACAAAAAUGCCGACACCCUAUCUUUAUAGAGUGACCAGGAUUUGGCACUUCUUGAGUUGCUUGGUUGUGGCAAAUUACGCUGUUGCAGCUUUGGGAGUCCAAAAUGGCAUAGGCUCGCAACGCAGGCCAACCCGCUUUGAGCGCGUUAUCGCUGGCUAUGCUGACACCCCUGACACCGUUUUCAACGAAAACAAGGUAUCACAGGUGGAGAACAAAUUUCAAGCUUUUCCCCAGCCACACGAUGCUACGGGUGGACAGAAGAGACUAACAGCCGGAGCUGAGACGCCUCAGCGUGAGCGGCCGCGGCUCGAAGUGGGAACUCUUGCACAGAUACAGCAGCAGGUACCAGAGGAAGACUACUGGCAAGCUCAACAGAGGCUUAGCAACAUGUUGGACAGCGCAGUGAGAAGUUUGAGGGAGGCAAACGAGCCCUCAACGGAGGAGCAAAGUGGAGUGUAUCCAGUUGACGAACAACCAGUUGAUGUAAGUUCAGAAACCAGUGAUCUGGACGCAGCACUUCUGCAGCUUCAGCAGCGUCUAGGCGAAUCAGAUAGAGCUCGUCUUAAGGUAGGCAGCUGCCUCGAGAAACUGCGACUACUCCCACGGGUAAUGGAUGCUAGAAGAGCCUGCCGAGGAGAACGGGACGAGGUCUUCGACCAUUGCGUUCAACAGAUAGAUCGUUGGGUACAAAGCGGGAAGCUAUCAUCUGUCUUCCACAGCUUUGAAGUAAAUGCUGGGGAUGGCAAUGUCUUCCCCGUUAUACUGCCUAAUCCGCCAUACGACUUUUUGUUCUACGCGCGGUUACUGGGGAGUGCCGCCAAAGGGCCUUGCCCCGAAUUAAGAGAUACAGGCGAACUUGGACUCGCCGUCGCAUCGUUCUUAUACACUGACCCAGCUGCAAUGACAGAACUGUCUGCAAAGUACCGACGUCGUGGUGUGCCACAAGCUGCAGCAAUUAAGCUCCUGCUCGCGUUUGAGCUUUUGGCACGGUUGUUUUUCCGCUACGCCAGCUGGUUCGUUGAGAAUCCCAUGAAGCUUUUCGCUCUCAAUCAGGCAUGCCGUGUUCGGGCAAUUUGCCGAAGACUAGUCCUGAGGAGCGUACAUAGGUCUCUGCCACUGACGACCGUGAAAACGCCACUUGUUACCGCUCGAUGGUUUGAAGGAUACCUCAAGAAGAUGAUCCCUAAUAGAGGUGCACGAGUGAUACAUAUUCUCGGCCCUCUGGUGGCGGAAACAUUGGUAUCCUCAUUCCCUGAAGCCUUCACGGAUGUUUCACAGGGUCCACGCGAAGGUGAACAGAUGGAAACGCCUCCACCUCGUCGAAGGCAGUCGCUUCCUCAUCGUGUCCGCAACUGGUUCUCAUGGUGGAGGCACCGUACACGACGCCAACAAAGAAGCAGAAGCGAGAAUUCGCAGUGAAAUCCGAUGUAGUGAUGGUGGGACGAGCGGAACACUUCCUGCACAGUGUGCUUUGGUCCACACAUGUGUCCAAGCACAGGGAGCCGAAAAAUUUGCGUCGCUCACUUGUUGAAUUUUUUUUUUGACCCAGCUAGACUCUGCAGUGUUCCUUGCAUGAUUUUCUGGUUUUGUAAAUUGCCGCAGCGAAAAACUGGAACCCACACAUUUUUUGGGUACUUUAGGUAUUGCCUUGAUUGUUUCCACCUGCGUCCAAGGAAAAUUAGUGGGAUCUGCGUCCACCCGUGCCAAGGAGUCUACACUGCGUGAAAGACACACCCAAUCCCUGAGUAGUGAAGAGCCUAACGGCACUCGGCCGAAUCAUCAGUGAGACAUGAGUGUAAUAAAGCACAGAUUCUCGACUCAGUGUGGACAGACUGAUCUGGAAUUGCGCUGCAUACGAAAGGAGCUCCUGAGCGCUGACCGGACAAGAUGCGUUUCUGAAGUUGCGUUGCUCCACCCUCGCAAUAUUGUCUAGGUAUCUGGCUUCAUUGCUGAAUCCGUGACUGAGGAACCUGCCACAAACGAUCUGCCGUCUAAUUGUUCGCGUGAACACUAAACACUUCGGCGGCGUCGAGAAUCGUGGUGUUACGGAGAGGUUCAUGCUCGAAAAUUCUGUCAGAACGGCCACGUCCGUUCAUGUCGCUAAACAGCAGCCACUUG